AGGUUCCCUGAAAGCGUUGGAGACGCGGAUCCGGAGCCGCGGCCUCGUCUCGUCCCAAUCCGACGCCAUCCGCCCGCUCAGCAGCCGCUUUGGCCCCGGCGGCGAUGCCCGACGUGAACAUGUCCAAACAAACCAACAUCAAGUCGAAGGGUAUUUACCAGGACCGCGACAAACCGGCACAGAUCCGCUUCAGCAACAUCUCCGCGGCCAAAGCUGUUGCAGAUGCUAUCAGGACCAGUCUUGGCCCAAAGGGCAUGGAUAAAAUGAUCCAAGACGGAAAAGGUGAUGUGACCAUUACCAAUGAUGGAGCAACUAUUUUAAAGCAAAUGCAGGUUCUUCACCCAGCAGCAAAAAUGUUGGUAGAACUGUCAAAGGCCCAGGAUAUUGAAGCUGGUGAUGGGACCACAUCUGUUGUAGUAAUUGCAGGAGCUUUGCUGGACUACUGUGCUAAACUCCUUCAAAAAGGCAUUCAUCCUACAAUCAUCUCUGAGUCUUUCCAGAAGGCAUCUGAAAAGGGAGUUGAAGUUUUGAAUGGCAUAGCGCAGCCUGUGGAGCUCAGUGACCGAGAAUCCCUUCUGAACAGUGCUACCACUGCUCUUAGUUCCAAGGUUGUUUCUCAAUAUGCCAGUCUUCUCGCUCCAAUGAGUGUAGAUGCAGUAAUGAAUGUGAUUGAUCCAGCAACAGCCACAAGUGUCGACCUCCAAGAUAUCAAAAUUGUCAAGAAACUGGGAGGAACUAUUGAUGACUGUGAAUUGGUUAAUGGACUGGUUCUGACCCAAAAAUUAGCCAACACUGGUGUAACACGAGUUGAAAAAGCAAAGAUUGGGCUCAUCCAGUUCUGUUUGUCUGCUCCAAAAACUGAUAUGGAAAACCAGAUAAUAGUUUCUGAUUAUGCCCAAAUGGACCGUGUUUUGCGUGAAGAACGUGCCUACAUUUUGAACUUGGUGAAACAGAUUAAAAAAGCUGGAUGCAAUGUUCUGCUGAUCCAAAAAUCAAUCCUGAGGGAUGCGCUUAGUGAUUUGGCACUGCACUUCCUCAAUAAGAUGAAGAUUAUGGUGGUCAAGGAUAUUGAGAGAGAAGAUAUUGAGUUUAUCUGCAAGACUAUUGGCACAAAACCAAUAGCCCAUGUUGAUCAGUUUGCAGCAGAUAUGUUGGGUUCGGCAGAGUUGGCAGAGGAACUCCAUUUAAAUGGUUCUGGCAAGCUGAUCAAGAUUACUGGUGCUGCAAAUCCAGGAAAAACUGUAUCAAUUGUGGUCCGUGGGUCCAAUAAAUUGGUAAUCGAUGAGGCUGAACGUUCCAUCCAUGAUGCUCUGUGUGUGAUUCGUUGCUUGGUAAAGAAAAGGGCAUUGAUUGCUGGAGGUGGUGCUCCAGAAAUUGAGCUGGCAUUGCGUUUGACUGAUUACUCUCGAACCCUAAGUGGCAUGGAGGCAUACUGUGUACGUACAUUUGCUGAUGCCCUAGAAAUUAUUCCAUUUACCUUGGCUGAAAAUGCAGGCCUUAACCCCAUUUCCACUGUGACAGAGCUGAGAAACAGACAUGCACAAGGAGAAAAGACUGCAGGCAUUAAUGUUAGAAAGGGUGGCAUUUCUAACAUCCUGGAAGAGCUGGUUGUGCAGCCUCUGCUGGUCUCCAUUAGUGCCCUGACACUAGCCACAGAAACUGUCCGUAGCAUUCUGAAGAUUGACGAUGUGGUUAACGCUCGGUAAUUGAUUAACGUUCAGCAAAAGUGGCAUGUCUGACUCCAUGUGUGAUCGCCCAUCAAACCAAGAAAGAAAGAACUUGGUUUCAAUUAAAUAUGCUUACCCACUGUGCAGACUCGAUGUUCAUUGUAUUUUCUAACUAGUAGAAUCUUAUAACUUAAUAAAAUGUUACAGUUGGACACUG